GUUCCUGUCCGGCAUGAAUUAAUGGGAUAUGAAUUGCGGCCAGGCAGAGGUUAAGGCUGGGAGAGGAGUAGGAGGAGCUGAGGCCGCUGGGAGUGGGGAAGGAGGGUCCGGGCAGGUCCCAGACCGGGAGGAUCGGGAGUCCCGGUGCCAGAGUUGGGGCUGCCAUAGAAAAAAACAUUAUGGGAACCUGAGAUCGGGGAGCCCGGAGUUGGGGACGCGCUACUCACACUCGCAACACUAUGGGACACAGCGGGGGAAUGGACAGAAGCGCACGGAGCCGGGUUCUACUGGCGGGAUCGCUACUUUGCUGCCUGGUACCGAGUCUGGGAGGUCCAAAUGUGUGUACGACACAGAGUGCAACUUCAGCAUCUUGCAAAGAGUGCCUUCUUACACACCAUCAGUGUGCCUGGUGCUCCCAGGAGGAGUUUGGUGUCUCCAGGACUGUAACUUCCCGCUGUGACUUUGUGCACAACCUCAUCAGCAGAGGGUGCAAGAAAGAAUUCAUUGAGGGCCCCGGGAGUAGCGUAACUAUAACCAAGAAUCUCUCCCUCAGUACAAAGGAAUCCAGCUCCUCACAAACAAACUUCAUCCAGGUUGCACCUCAGAAGAUCUCCCUGUCCCUGCGCCCAGGGGCUGCAGCUUCAUUUAAGGUCCAUGUGCGGCAGGUAGAAGACUACCCUGUGGAUCUCUAUUACCUGAUGGAUUUAUCUCUUUCCAUGAAAGAUGACCUGGACACUAUCCGAAAUCUGGGAACCAAACUAGCUGCAGAAAUGAAGAAACUGACCAGUAACUUUCGCUUGGGCUUUGGAACCUUUGUGGAUAAGAACAUGUCCCCUUUCUCUUACACUGCCCCUAAAUAUCAGAACAACCCUUGCACUGGAUACAAAUACUUUCCUGUUUGUGUUCCCUCAUUUGGAUUUCGUCACCUUCUCUCACUCACUGACAAGGCAAACAGCUUUAACGCCGAGGUACAGAAGCAGCGAGUAUCACGGAACAGGGAUGCCCCAGAAGGGGCUUUUGACGCCAUCCUGCAGGCAUCCGUGUGCGGGGAUCGGAUUGGCUGGAGGAAAGAGGCCUCUCACCUACUUGUAAUCACCACUGACGACGUUCCACAUGUUGCGCUGGAUGGAAAACUGGCUGGUGUGGUGCAGCCUCAUGAUGGGCAAUGCCACCUUAAUGAAAAUAAUGAGUACAGCGCUUCUGAUAAACUGGAUUAUCCAUCGCUUGCUCUGCUUGGAGACAAACUGUCUGAGAACAACAUUAACCUUAUAUUUGCUGUCACCAAAAGCCAUUAUGUGCUGUACAAGAACUUCACUUCACUGAUUCCUGGUACCACAGCGGAGAUCCUGGACCAGGAUUCCCAGAACAUCAUUCAGCUAAUUGUCAGUGCCUAUAAUAACAUCCGCUCUAAGGUGGAACUGAUGGUGUCGGAGAGCCCUGAGGAUCUCAGCCUGAGUUUUACUGCCACGUGUCAAGACGGUGUAUCGUACCCAGGGGUCAAGAAGUGCGGAGACCUAAAAAUUGGUGACACUGUGUCAUUUGAGGUGUCAGUUGAGGCCAGAAACUGCCACCCCCCUGGCACAGAGCACACAUUCACAAUCAAGCCCGUGGGAUUCCGUGACACGCUGGAGGUGACUGUCACCUAUAACUGCAGUUGCAGCUGCUCCCAACAGGUGGAGACAGCGAGCAGCAAAUGCAGCAGCAAUGGGACCUACACUUGUGGUGUCUGUGACUGUGACCCUGGCUUCCUGGGGGCCCGGUGUGAGUGCGGAGAGGAAGAGAUCAGCAGUGACGUGUCCCAGAAUACCUGCAGGGAGGCCGAGGGGAAGACAGUGUGCAAUGGCCGUGGCAGGUGCCUGUGUGGCUUGUGUGUGUGCUACGAGAGUGAAUUUGGCAUCAUUAGCGGCUCCUUCUGUCAAUGUGACGACUUCUCUUGCGCCAGGUACAAGGGCGUCCUGUGCUCAGGUCACGGAGAAUGCGACUGUGGAGAGUGCAAGUGCCAUGCUGGCUACAUUGGCGACAACUGUAACUGCACCAUAGAGACCAGAAGUUGCCUCUCUGAUGAUGGCCAGAUGUGCAGCGGAAAAGGCAACUGCGUCUGUGGGAAGUGUCAGUGCAUUGAGCCGGGGGCUUUUGGAAAAACUUGUGAGAAGUGUCCCACGUGCCCUGAUGCCUGCGGAACCAAAAGGGACUGCAUUGAAUGCCGACUUUACCAAACGGGGCGACUCGCUGAUAACCAGACAUGUCAGAAGCUCUGCAAAGACGAGAUCAUCACAGUGGAGGAGCUCAGCACUGACAAUCCAGAGGUGGCUGUGUGUAUUUACAAGACAGAAAGUGACUGUGUCAUGCGAUUCACUUACUCUGAGGAGAGUGGCAGAUCUGUCCUGAGGGUCCUGAAGGAGCCUGAAUGUGCCAGUGCCCCUGAUACCCUCACUGUACUGCUGGCAGUUGUGGGCAGCAUACUGCUAAUAGGCCUCGUCCUUCUGGCAGUCUGGAAGCUGCUUGUUACCAUUCAUGACCGACGCGAAUUCUCCAGAUUUCAAAGCGAACGUUCGAGGGCCCGAUAUGAGAUGGCAUCAAACCCUCUGUACCGGCCAGCUGUCUCCACACACAACGUAGAGGAGAUGUACAGCAUGCUGAGCAAGUCCUAUAAUGGUACCACAUAGGGACUGGGCUGAGAUGGAGCGAGGCACUGGCACAGCCUGGGAGUCUUGUGGGGCCCAGCUUAUGAUUAAACCAGCUCUGAUCCAGUUGGGGGAUCAGGAAUUUGCACAUAUAUGGGCUCCCCGCUGGGUAGUUCUGCACUGUCCUGGCACAACAGCCAGCUCAUAGACACAAGCCAGGAUUCCUAUGACUGGACCUUGCACACAAUCAAGUCUGAUCCAGAGAUCUUCCCCUUUCUACUCUUCAACUCCUUGAAACCUUUAUGGAGAGGAAUGUGCACAAGGGGGAGGGGGUUAUGUGGGGCAAAUGAACUAUUAGUUUAAGCCCAGCUUUGGGAGUGAGGCAUGUACAGCACCAUCUGGAUCAGUAUCAGGUUGGAUAGGAGCAGAAUUUUGGUGCAAUCAUUUCUUACUCAUUGCAGAAUUUUUAUAAAUAAGAUUUUAUCUAUUAAAAAAUUGCCAGACUUUUUUGAAUUUGUGGCCAAAAUUUUCUUUAGAUUUUAUAUUAGAGAUUUUAACUAAUUCUGGUCUGAGUUUGGCUCUGGAUCGAUAGGUACGUUUAGCACAUGCCGGAUUACUGACCCUGAGGUUUAACCUCCUGGGGUAGAAUCAGCGGUAACUGCCCUGGCCUCUCAUGUUUGGGGGGCUUAUUGUUUUAUAAGAGAAUAUUUGGACUUUUUGCCAUUUUUGUAAUAACCUUAAAUUAAUAAAGAACAGAAAUCCUU